GUGUCCUCGGACAGCAGCAGUGGGGACGGACUUGGACUGUGGUGGGGACGCGGCUGUAGACAGACGGUCCAUCGGUCCGAGCAGAACCAUGACCAAGAAACUGUUUGGGACUAAUUACCCCGUCAGCAUCUGCUUCAUCGUGGUGAAUGAGUUCUGUGAACGCUUCUCCUACUAUGGCAUGAAAGCGGUGCUGACGCUCUAUUUCGUCAGUUACCUGAAGUGGGAUCAGGACUUCUCCACCGCUAUCUACCAUGCCUUCAGCAGCCUGUGCUACUUCACACCCUUACUCGGAGCAAUCAUUGCUGAUUCCUGGCUGGGCAAGUUUAGGACCAUCAUCUACUUGUCCAUCAUUUAUGCUGUCGGUCAUGUGGUCAAGUCCGUUGGAGCUAUUCCUACUGUAGGAGACGGUAAUACGCAUAUAGCUUUGUCCAUGUUGGGUCUGAUACUAAUCGCCCUGGGCACUGGUGGAAUCAAACCCUGUGUGGCAGCAUUUGGAGGAGACCAGUUCAGUGAAGAGCACGUGAAUGAGAGGCAGAAAUUCUUCUCUAUUUUCUACAUGUCAAUCAACGCCGGGAGCCUUUUGUCAACUGUCAUUACUCCAAUAUUGAGAGGGGAUGUGCAGUGUUUUGGUGGAGACUGUUAUGCUCUGGCCUUUGGGGUUCCCGCAGCUCUGAUGAUUAUAUCAUUAUUUGUGUUUGUUGCUGGCAGUGGACUCUACAAGAAGACACCUCCAAAGGGAAACAUCUUGGUUAAAGUUUGCAAAUGCAUCGGGUUUGCCCUCAAAAACAAAUGGCAAAAGUCCAAAUUCGACCCCCCGAGGAAGCACUGGUUGGACUGGGCAGAGGAGAAAUACUCGAAGCGUCUGAUCCAGGAGAUUAAGAUGGUUCUACAUGUUCUGAUGCUGUACAUUCCAAUCCCGGUGUUCUGGGCUCUGUUUGAUCAGCAGGGUUCCCGAUGGACACUCCAAGCCACUAGGAUGAACUUGGCCAUUAGUGACGCCUUCAUUUUGAAGCCUGAUCACAUGCAGAUGUUGAAUCCUCUGCUCAUUCUCCUUUUUGUGCCCAUCUUUGACCUCAUCAUAUACCCACUUGUUGCCCUUUGCAAAAUCAAAAUCACACCUCUCAGGAAAAUGGCUACUGGGAUGAUGUUUGCAGGGCUGGCUUUUGUAGCAGCGACGCUGGUGGAGGUGAAUGUCGUGACAACAGUCGUGGAGCCCGCACCUGCGGGGAAGUUUCUCCUGCAGGUCAUUAACCUGGCACAAAAUAAUGUCAGCCUACAAAUCCCUGGCACUGACUCGUUUCCCGAGUCGAUACCUCAUCUUCAGGACCCUCCCAACUAUGUGAUGGUGCCACUCGGAGCAUCUAGCAAGGAAGUGAUGAUGAAUAUUGUCUCUGCUGGAAAUACUUUUGAGUGUGCCCAGAACAUCACGCAGCACAAAGCGUACAGUCUGAUCCUGUAUCCUACAGCCGCUGGAGUCCAGUGCAAACUCGUGGAAGACUACAUCAAAAAGAAUGAAGAGGGGAAUCCUCUUCUCAGGUUCAUCAACACGCAGACAGGAGCAAUAAACUUGACUGUUGGAGGCGUGGACUUCCAUGUUCCAGCUGACUACGGCAUUUCUGCAAAUGAGACCGUAGAACGGAGCAUAUACUCAUCUGUCAGCUGUGUCUCAGACACCCAGAAUUGCUCUUAUGUGGACCUGGGCCUGCUGGACUUUGGAGCUUCUUACACCGCCGUCUUGCUGGAGGACUCAGGCCAGACUGAGGCGCGUAGGUUGGAGGACGUGAAAGCCAACAACGUGCCUAUUGCCUGGCAGCUCCCUCAGUACGUCAUCAUGACAGCAGGGGAGGUGAUGUUCUCCAUCACAGGCCUGGAGUUCUCCUACUCUCAGGCUCCAGCGAAUAUGAAGUCAGUCCUGCAGGCCGGCUGGCUGCUCACUGUGGCGUUAGGGAACGUGAUCGUCCUGAUUGUGGCGGAGGGGGCCGGACUGGAACAGUGGAAAGAGUUCCUGCUGUUUGCUGGCCUCUCUAUGGGCGUGUCUAUCAUCUUUUCCAUCAUGGCCAGAUUCUACACCUACGUGGAACCCGAGCAGCUGGAUAAGAUUACCUGGAGGAUUCGAAGAAGGAGGAAGCUGAUGACACAUUCAGAAAGAAGAACCAAUUGAAGACAUCGAUUUGAACAGUGCAGGGGCAAUCACCAAACUGUAACCAAGCCGUGGUUUCCCUGAUGCAUUUUACUGUAGCUGGUCUGAUGAAGCUAAAAGUCAGAAAAAUGAUCAGAUAACAAGUGGUCUUCAUGAGAAGGUACC